AUGAAGCAACCUAACUGGCUGGUAGGAGAGAUGGAGGGAGGGGGAAGGCAUUCAGCUAGUGUCAGUUUGGGAAACUUUAACUUAACCAGUUUCUACCAAGAGCCAACAGGAAUACAGGAGGUCCAAGAUAUGAGGAUGGUUUAACUACUGAGAACAAGUAAAAAAAGAAGAGGACUAACCCAUGGCUGGAUUGUUUUAGGAUGUGGGUGAUGUGCAGAAGACCUGACACCCAGGUGUGAACCCAGGCAGAAGGGGGUCCAAUGGCCACUGCAAAUUAUGACCCCGACUUGGGCGAAGGCCCGUCCGAGGACUUGGAUAGCCUCCUGGAUGAUUCUGAGUCAGGGAGUUUGCUUUCUGAAGACUCAGUGCUUCCUGACUAUGACAGGGAUGAAGAGUGUAAAGACCCAGCUAAAACACUGUAUGAGGCCUGUAGUAGGAAUGACCCCAACUCCAUGCGCAGGAUCCUGGAGCGAGGAGUCACUAAGGACGAGGCUAUGGAGCUGGACAUCAACGGCCGGAAUGGACUAAUGCUGGCUGUGGUCAAGGGAUACGUAGAUAUUGUCACCAUGCUGCACACAUGUCCACUUAUAGACAUCAAUCACCAAGACAAUGAUGGCAACACUGCCCUCAUGAUUGCUGCCCAGGCAGGUUUCAUCACCAUUCUGAACUUUAUUCUAAACUAUUACUCUGGUGUGGACACCGAGGUCAGGGAUCCCCGUGGCUUCACAGCCCUCAUUAAGGCAGGUCUGCAGGGCCGAGCAGAGUGUGUGUCCGCCCUGCUAAUGCAUGGUGCAGAUAUGAAUGCAAUGGACUUGGUCCAAGGGAGAGGGCUAAAGGAUUGGGUCCUCAGGACAGGAGGGUUUGAGACUCUUAACAGAAUACGCCGCCUGCAGGCUCAUUGUGUCGCUGAGCAGUUCUGUGAAAGCUACGUUCCUGAGUGGCCUGAUCUGAAGCAACUGGUAGCAAAGGCCACUGCCGCCAAAACAGCCAGCCAGAAGCUAAGGCAGCGCUUAAAAGACAGCAUUACUUUCAGUUUCCCUCAAGACCCUCAAGACAAUGGGGUCAUGGACCAUAUGGUGCGGAUGACCACAAGCAUCCACAGCCCCCUGAUAGUCACUGGUUGCCAUCCACUCUGUCCCACCAGCCCCCCAGAAAUUGGCAAGCGGCGAUGGGCUGUCUCUGAACUGCUUGAAAAGCAUGGCAGCAAAGAGUUGGAGGAGAGCACAGUGUCCCACAGCAAAGGCCCAAUCAUCACCUCAGCUUCUCCCACUGCUGUGUCAGCCGCCUCUGUGUCUCUGACCUCCUGCUGCCAGGACUCAGAGCGCAGGGACAGCAUGCCAUCAGGUGGCAUGAAAAGCUUCAUUCCCCGCAGCAUAGCACACAGGAACAGCAUCUUCCCCUCAGGCUGUAUUCCUAAGAUUGAAGUGACAAAAUCUGGGGAGCCCACUCCAAAGAAGGAGAAAAAGAAGAAAAGGCAGAAGGGCUACCUGGAGCCUCCUGUCUGGAAGUACAAGGAGGCCAAGGAGGAGAGAAAGAAGGAGAAGAAUCAAGAAAAGGAAAAAGAGCAAGAGAAAAAAAACAAGGGGUCUAAACGAAGCCACAAAUGAGGAAGUCUUCUCUUUUUCUCAGAGAAUUUCACUGAGAUAAAGUCAGGCAGGAGGGAUCAGCAUGCCAUUACAAUGAGGACAGUUUUACUAAGGAAUUGCAAAACCAGUUUGGAAGUGCGCCGCUGGUAAUUAAACACUGAUGGAUUGGAACUUGGGCUUGGGAUGAACAUGAGAAAACUGGAGUGACUUGAAUUUGCUGGAUACAAAGUAUUUAUGUAAACCAAAUGUUAUUUGGUUUUGGAGAUAUAUGCUGACAUGUCUUAGCAUGGCUGUUUCUCAUUUCAGCGUCUACCUGGUGGUAGAUUAAGUCUCACAGAGAUGCAAAAUUGAUUUGUUUUGAAAACUUUAUUUCACCAAUCUGUGUAUUGUGAAUAACUUCCAAGUAGCGUGCCAUCAUGGUAUCCAACUGCAAAGUAACCAAAGCAAUAGCAAAUACUAUACAUACAGUACAUAAGAGCAAUGGCCUUCAGCAAAUAAAUGUAUGUUAUAGUUAAUGAAAAAGACUGUGAUGUUAAAUGGAGGAAAAAGACAACACAUCAUCAGACUAUGUGCUGUGCUCCUCUACAACACAGGCUCAAAGAGACAGUGGUUACUUUUUGUAGGACCAAGCAAUGGGGGGAAUGUGUCGGCACCCAACUAUUUUGAGAUUCAUAAACUCUUGUUUCUUUUUCCACUCUGCAAUAGGAGUAAUGCUGUUGGCAAAAAUUCAGAAACAGGAAGUAAACUGUAGCUAUGUAAUAUCUUAAUUUUGAUUGAGAUCACCAUUAUUUUCAAAGGUUAUCCAAUCCUCUCUGUAUGCAACAUGUAACAUAUACUGGAUGCCUUUAUAAUGUUUUUUGACAGAAUUUUAAAACUCCAAACUGAGCAAUGGCAUGUGAAUGAUGUUAGAUCCAGGAAAAAAAGAACUUUUUCAUUUAGUCUGAUGAUGGGGAAAAACUGCUCACUGUUACCUCUGCACAGCAAAGAAACUAUUUGUGCAUAAUGUUGCUCAGGAAGUUUUUUGUUAUAUGUUGGGCAUUAUACUUUUAAGGGAAAGUCUGGAUCUUUUGAAGUGGGGUUGUAUGAAGUACUUAUCCAUAGUCAGUGUGUUACAUAUCAGAAUCAGAACCAGAAAUACUUUAUUGAUCCCCGAGGGGAAAUUAUUUAUGUUACAUAUAGUAGAUGUCUGUUGGCACACCACCAGUUUGUGGAAGCAGGCAGGAGUACUGUACUGUAAAGCCAGACUCCAUUGAGAAAAACAGUAAUUUUACCAUGCUCAGUACAGGAGCUAAUGGGCUAACGCUGCCUCAAUCAGCUAAUUGUGUGGCUUCACUGAAUUCAAACUAACAAUUUUAAAUGCCAAACCCACACAAUUACUGUAACUAACUAGCUGAUUGAGGCAGCAGUAGCCCAGCAGCUCCCUUCUUAAGCGAGCUAAAAUUAAUGUUUUUGCCAAUGGAGUUUGGUGGCUUUGACAAGAGCAUGGAAAGGGAACUGAGGCCGUUAUUGGCUGUAUGCGGCAAGGUAAAGUGGUGAAAAUAUUCUAAAUAUAGCAUACCCUUAAAGUGUUCCGGAUUAUUUUAGGUGGCUUAAAUACGUUUUGCUGUCAACCCCGUCCACAGCAGUACAUUGCUUAGCCUCUUUAGCGGUCCUCUUGUCUGCUUCUCCAAACUGGGGUGUGUGCCAG